UGGAGAGAUAAUCCAAAGUCUUCUUCAUAUGGUUGAAUGCUCCUGCACAAACACAGGGAAAGGAUUGGAGGGUGUCAUAUGGAGUGGUGAACAGGUGGAGACAUGGAGCUGUGCUGUCCAUUGAUCAUGUCAGCCUGAGGGCUGAUCUGGCUAAGAUGACCAUGAGACCAUCUACAUCUGGUCAACUAUAGUCUUGCAGAGCAACAAUCCUGAGAAAUACACACCUGACGUUCUUCCUUAGCUGGAACUCUUGUCUUGAGAAGACCCACAAGUCUAUGCAACCAUUCAGCUGUUAGACAUUUAAUGUGGAACUUCAGCCAGUUGCCAUGGAAACAUCACCAUUGGACAGAAUGGCCACUGUUAAUUUUAGAGAUCUGUAUAAAGUCACAUGUGAAGGUAUAGCAGUGAAUCUUGUGCCGAUCAGCACAUAAUGACCAUGUGAAUCAACUAUUUCACACAGGAACAGCAUUAAACAUGUCCAUACUUGGCUGUUACAGGCAUCAAGGCCAGGUGCUAUGUCAAGUGUGAGAGAGCAGCAGCAGCAGCAGGAAUGUGCUAAACCUCAGGUGUUAAAUUGCCCAGGUGAGAUGAUUGUGACAGCUCAAACAGGUGCACAGGUAGUCUAUGACCAGAUGAAGACAGAGGUGUGUGUGACUACCAACCUCGACAUGUAUGCCUCCAAAACUGUUGAUUCCUGGAAUUUUACUUCAACACACCAUAACAGUUACAGAGAAUUUCAUUUAUUUGGGGAACUAAUGCAUACUGACAAUUCCAAUCUGUCUUCUUUACCCAUGGUCACCAUGCCAUCGACCGCCUGUACAUUUGUGUCUGAUUUUCCCAUGACUGACAAUACCUGUCUGAACCAGGAUAUCAGGACCGACUUGUUUACCUUUGAUAUACCCUCCACCCAUCAAGGUGCACAGUCAUUUGCGGAGCUAUCUUCUUCAUGCCAAAAGUAUUCAAGCAGAACUGAGAAGAUAAAGCCUCCUUGUAACAUGCUCGAAAAGGCUGAGGAUUCGGGGACGAGUGAUAUAUACAACAGGACUUCAUCAUCCACAAGUUUUACUUCAGAAAUAGUGCCAGAGUCUUGCCUGCAGGAAAAUCCCUUUAGCAUACCAAUCCAGGAAGCUGCAUGUAACCUACAACCCAAAAGUUGCAGUAAACAGUGGAAUUCGGAUCAAAGUGCUUCUGAUGCUGAAGGCACAUCAAACCUUCCUGAGUGCUUAUCCGCUGAGGUCAAACGUCAGAGUAAGGAGAGUGUGGACCUUAGCUGUGUUAUGGGACCAUCAAAAGACAAUUCUAAUGCCUCAGUGAUUCGCUGUCAGGUGUGCGGGGAUAGUGCAGCAGGGUUUCAUUGUGGGGCUUACGUUUGUGAAGCUUGCAAGAAAUUUUUUAUUCGUACAGCUAAGAAAGCUUACAAGUUAAUGUGUUCAAAAAGUAAACAGUGCACGGUCACCAAGAAACUGCGGACUCUAUGUCAGUAUUGCCGCUACCAGAAGUGUCUUCAGCUCGGAAUGUACAAACCAGGUGAGGGGCCAGGCCAGGGCUCAGAGAGGAAGUCUGUCCUACCAUGUCGAGUCUGCUCAGCUCCCUCAUCAGGUUAUCAUUUCGGGGCAAUUACAUGUGAAGGAUGUAAGGGUUUUUUCCGACGUAUGACCAAGGAAAGGGAUGUGACACGUUUUACCUGUGUGAAGGGAGGUAACUGUCCGGUGACGCAAAGCACAAGGAACAUGUGUAAAGCCUGCCGUUAUCAGAAAUGUUUUGGGGUGGGCAUGUCUGCAGAUGGAAGCCGGAUUGGCCGGCAACCAAAUGCUGUGAAGCAUGCCACAUUGCUUGAGAUCCAGAGUCGAGAGAUGAAAAGCAGCAACUCUCCUGAGACUUUGCCCUUUGUUCACAUCUCCAGCAACUGUGGUCCUAAUCUGGAGAGUUCAUUUCAACUGUGUGCAAAGUCCUGUCAAAAUGAGACUGAUGCCAGUCACCAGUCCAGUACACUGAACAAUGUAGCAAGAUCCGUGGCCAAGCAUGAACACAAUCAAAGAACAGAGACAUAUAGAUGUUCACCAAACACGCAUGUUGCACCUUCCCUGAACAUUUCACCGAGGGACAAGGACAGUAAGAUGAUACGCAUGGUGACCAAUCAAAGUCAUAAGGAAAGCAUCUCUGUGACAACAAGUUUAAAGGAUAUAGUCGGUCAGAUCAUAACUGCUGGACAGGAACUUAAUUUUAUGACAUUGCAACCAACUGAUGACGAAGAGCUUACCCAUGAGGACUUCCAAGACCUGGCCACUAGAUGGAAAGAUAUGAUGGAGAGAUUUACAUAUUUCACCCAUGGAACCCUUAAGUUUGCUAAAAAAAUUCCAGGUUUCCGAAGCCUAAAGCUGGACGACCAGGCCUCUCUGUUACAAACAGCAGCCUACCCUAUUGUCAUCUUGUCCCUCUCCAAAUGUUACAACUACACCACUAAACAGUUCAACUACUUCAACUACUCUGAGCAGGAGAGACAGAUGAUAUUCCAGUACAUCCCCGGUUUCCAGCCCCUCAAGGAACACUUCAUCAGUACAGGUGACAUGGUUACCAUGCUCAAGCUAGACGACAUAGAGCAACUUUUUCUGGCUGCCCUCAUCUUAUUAAGUCCAGAUGAGGGCAAUGUUAUCGAGAAGAGCAAAGUCUGGGAGGUUCAGGAAAACAUAGCAGCAGCACUACAAGAGUAUGAAGAAAAGACUUACGAAGAUGGCGGUACAAGAUUUGGUGUGUUAAUCACUCGUCUGGCAGAGUUCCGGCUCAUUAACCUUCAGCAUCAGCAAGUGAUCAGCACUGUCAUCCGUGAGAACCCAUCGUUUAAGGUCCCACAACUCUUCUCGGAAAUGUUUCUUUCCAGCUAAAGAUUAAAGUGCAGCAGUGUCUUCAGUGGUAAUCACGUAUAUGUGCCUUUGUAGUGACUGUGUCACAUAUAGCAUUGGAUAUAUCAUGUUCAUGUUCUAUAAAAGUAGUUUUAGUUGAGGUCAGAUUUACUGCUCUCUGUCUGAGGGCAUCUGGAGGUCAGGUUUACUGUGGUUGUUCUCUGUCUGAGGGCAUUUAGAGGUCAGGUUUACUGUGGUGUUUGUCUCUGUGAGCACAUUUGGAGGGUCAGGUUUACUAUGGUGGUUGUCUGUCUGAGGUUGUUUGGAGGUCAGGUUUACUGUUACAGUUCUCUAUGACAGUACUGUAACAUUUAUAGGGAACUUGGAGGUCAGGCUUAAUGUCAUAGUUCUCUGCCCGAGGGCAUUUAGAGGUCAGGUUUACUGCCAUAGUUCUCUGUCUGAGGGCAUUUGGAGGUCAGUUUUACUGUCAGUUGUCUGUCUGAGGGCAUUUGGAGGUCAGGUUCGCUGUCGUAGUUCUCUGUCAGGUUUACUGUCAGUUCUCUGUCUGAGUGCAUUUGAGGGUCAGGUUCACUGUCGUAGUUCUAUAACAUGUAGGGAAUUUGGUGGUCAGGUUUACUGUCAUAGUUCUCUGCUUGAGGGCAUGUGGAGGUCAGAUUUACUGUCAUAGCUGUGUGAAAAAAAAGGUUUUAGGAUGUCAGGCAUUUGGAGGCCUGGUUCAUUGACAUAGCUGUAACAUCUUAGAGUCUCACAACUUGCACAUCUUUAAUAUCCUUUAUUUACAUAUCAGUUGCCAUUGUGUUAUCAUGGGGGAUAAUUACAUUAUGUAUGAUAGUGCACUUUUUAUAUUAUAACACUAGAGAAAUACCUGGAUUCUUUCACAGGUGUAAGUGCUUUAGAACUUUGCAGUAGUUUUGGCUCUCGUACAUAUGCAGCAAGAAAUUCAUGAAUGAAGAUUACAACUGUAAAAAAGAAGGCUGGAUCCAGUAGAAUUGUUCUUGUAAUGUGUCUAUUUAUAUUUUCAGAAUUAUUUACACAAAGUUUAUAUAAGAGUUGUAUUAAGGGGAAAAAAUACUGUAAAAUAUUAUUAACAGCCAUACACUCGCCUUAAGACUUACAUGGAUAUGUAUAUGGACAAAUGUGACUAGAUAUGGAACUUUUGAGGAUUUUAUCAAAGAGAUUUCACAAUAUAUUUAUAUCUAAAGGGUAUGCUAAAUGAUUCAGCAAUGCUGAGGAAUGGUAGUUACUGCUAACGGUUGUUGUUGUGAAAGUUGAAAUCACCUUAUAAAAGGAUUCAACAAUGCUGGUAAGGGGGAAAAAAUGCAAUUUAACACUUCUUAAAUUAAACGCUCAGGAAAUGAAACUUUAAAGAGGUUAUACCAGAGAUUGUUGGCAAAGAAGCGAUUACUGUAAAUCGGUCACAUUUUUGCUAUUAUUUUAGAAUAUCCAGGUACGUGUAAUUACCAUUGACAAACAUCAGCCUCUUCUGUGCACAUGGUUAUACCAUUCAGUAAUGAAGUUUUUACAAUUUAUAAGGCAGGGUUGCACUAUAACCUUUUAGAAUUUUAGAAUCAUUUCAACACUAUAAGUAUAACUACAGAUAUGAGUCUAAUUUUCUCUAAAAGGCAGUAAAUUUGACCUAUUCUUGGAAAAUAGGGAAAAUUUGAUUUAAUUUAUGACUAUGUAGUUUUUACCAUAAAAUCUGGUAUAGCCUCCUUAAAGUAAAUGUGUAUGGAUAAUGUGGGUAACAGCUGUGAAAAUGUGAUUUGAAUGAAUUUAUUGAAAAAGAAACAUAAGUACAGUACUUACAUGUAAACAUAUCCUUCAAUUAUAUGUUGAUAUUUGAUUGUUUGAAUGAUGACUAUACAGACUAUUUUGGUUAUGUGAGAGAGGUCAGGUAUGUGAGGGAGGUCAGGUAUGUUUGAGGGCCUGGGGACCGCAUGACACCUCACCUCUUGCCCUGGAAGCCUGUUGUUCUUGCUUAGAGUAUGAAACCAUUUAUUUAAAUUAGACUUUAAGGAUAACUGGACAAUUAUAUGCUGUUGAACUGCUUAGUUAAUUGUCCUCAAUUGCCAAAUGACUGUUAUAAACAUUAUCAUAUCGUGAACUGCUUAGUACUGCAGCGGAAGCUGAAAACUGUUCAUGCAGACUGCCUGGAAGUAACUGGGACAGUUCUAGUUGUACUUGUGAUUGCGCUGUAAUUAUGAAUGUUAUCUGUGAUACUUUUACAACUUUUAAAGUUCAGUGUAUAUUUAAAGGUUCACUUGCAGCAAUGUACCUAUGCUGUUCCUGUAGUAAGUCAUUGUUGUGUCAUAUCCACCUCAUAAUAUGGUCUAUGACUGUGCAGCCGGUUGUGCACUAACAGUAUCAUGGACAUACUGUACAAAUCUCUCUUAGUAAAUGUAUGAUAAAGUACAUGUUGAACUGAAUUUCUACAGGCACCAUCGAUUUAUAUAUUUAACAGUUAAAGGUGUGUAUUUUCCUGAAAAUCCCCGAGUCAAAAAUUGUGGAAAAUAUGAGAAAUGAAGCAAACUUUAUGAUUCGUUAAAUAAAGUUUAUUGUAAAUGAUCAAAAUAAAACUUUCCAGAAAGGCUGUACAUGUAGGUCAGGUAGACAAUGCCAUUUGAUUUAAUAUGCCUACAUACUUGAAAUGCUUCGCAAGUGGAGUCAUAAUGUCAUUUGAUUUAAUAUGCCUACAUACUUAAGAUGUUUCCCAAGUGGAGUCAUCUUAAACAAUAUCUACUCGUAGAUAUUGUCGUAUAAAUCAGAUUGUUAUGUGUAUACAUACAUGUGUUACCAAAAGUGGCCUUUUUACAUGUACCUGUGUUAAGUGUUCUAGGUGUCUUAAAGGCAAAGACCACUCUAAAAUGAAGUGUGUAUCGGAUGAAAGACAGUUAAAAACUGUCCAGGAAAAUAGUUGGAUUUCUGUUAUAGAAUUUUUCUUACCGAGUAAAAUUGUGUUAAAAGAUCAGAUUCUUUGGUAGUCUGUUGUGACCUAAAAGGUAUCAAUUACAUUGUACGUCACAUCUAUACUUUUUGCCCGAAAUAAUUCAUUUCAAGGUCAAAUCAGCGAAUACAUUCAUAGAUCUAUAUGUAUAUAUUUUGUAUGAUGAUCUGUUGCAGUCUUAUGUAGCAGAAAACUUUUGUGAUGUCACUGGUCCCAUUGUGGUUGGAAAAGGCCACCAUAGAAUAAAAUAUUGAAAUGCAUUUUACCAAAUGAUUAAACAGAUUGUAAAAAAAAAAAAAAAAAAUCCAACUAUUUUUCUGGACAGUUUUUAAUGGUCUUUCGUCUGGUACAUACUUCAUUUAGUGUUGUCUUUGCCUUUAAGCAUAUUUACAGGAUCCUAGUCAAGCUGAUUCUAAAGUGAUUAAGAAUAAAAGACUAUAAUAUCCUCCAAGUCCAUCAGUGCUCAUUAUUAAAGCUGAAAAUGUGAUUCCUCAUAAAAUGUUGGCUUCAUAAUAAAAUUAUCAGUAUAU